AGGCCAAACAAAACAAAAUGAAUUUGUGAAUGCACUUCAAACAAUACAAUGGACCCGCUAACAGAAAAUUUACUCUGGGAGGAUAAAGAAAUUAAAUUUGACACACCAAAUGUACAAAAGCAGCUGCGAAAAGGUGAAAAGGUUUUGGACACCAUUUAUCACAUUGAGGAUACUAAAGGCAAUCCCGGUGAUACUGGACGUCUUUUAGCCACUAAUCUACGUCUUAUUUGGCAUUCCCUAUCACAUAAGAAAUAUAAUUUGGCAAUCGGCUAUGGUCGAUUUGUAAACACCAAUACGCGCUCGGUGGUGUCGAAAGCAGGUGGCCCAACACAAGCGCUAUACAUACUAGCCACCGGCAGUAAUACACGGUUUGAGUUCCUCUUCACCGACAUAUCUGGUGAUACUGCACGAAGAGAUGCACCAAUUUUUCAAAGCGUUUUCGAAAUCUAUCAAUUGUAUCAACGCACAUACUUAUAUAGAGACCUAAAACUACGUGGCGCUAUUUUUUUAUCGGGUCAAUUGAUAAUCAUGCCGGAUGAGUUGGUCUAUAACAACAUUAACGGUGUUUGGAAUUUGUCUAGCGAUCAAGGAAAUUUAGGCUCAUUUGUACUCACCAAUAUUCGUUUAGUGUGGUUUGCCGAUGCGAAUGAUACUUUCAAUAUUAGUUUGCCCUAUUUGCAAAUAUCGAACAUACGCAUACGCGAAUCGAAAUAUGGCCCGGCACUUGUGAUACAAACUACAGAAACCGGAGGAGGCUAUGUGCUCGGUUUUCGCAUAGAUCCCGUUGAGCGCCUGAAUGAUAUAUUUAAGGAACUCAUCUCAUUACAUACAAUUUAUACGGAGAAUCCGAAUUUCGGUGUGCGUUAUGAUUCUACGGAUGCGAAAAAACGUUUGGAGAAAAUGAAAGAGACAGAGGAGUUCAAAACUGAAGAAUUUCAAGAGAUUGACGAACGCCAAGAACGUGAAGUCAACACAAAGCUUAACACAUAUUUGGCAGAGGGAAUGGCAGUGGCCGGCAGUGAAGCACCGUUAAGGGAACCAGUAUAUUGUAAGGAGUUGGGGUUUGCAAUGGAGCGCAUACGGGAUGGAUAUAAACUGCAGGAUUUAUGGGAUGUGUUGCCUAGAGUAGAGGGAGAAUAAUAUUCGAAUGAGUAGUGUGGAGAU